UGAUUUUUUAGGAUUGUAGUAAAAUGCCUAAACUUAGAAAAUACGAUAAGAAUAAACUUAUAGAAGCUGUUAAGGAUGUCCAAAAUGGCACUGAAUCGUAUAGAACAGCUGAAAAAAAAUAUGGAAUUCCGAAGUCCACUAUAGAAUUUAAAUUAAAACAUCCGGAACAUAAAGAUACACUUGGACCGUCUCCUAUUUUAACUUGCGAGGAGGAGAAUACUCUGGUUAGAUGGAUACAAGAAACCGCUUCAAAAGGUUUCCCCAAAAAGGCUAACGAUUUAAAAAGCAGCGUGCAAAAAUUUUUAACCGAAAAUCCUCGCCCCAAUAACUUUAAAGAUAAUCGACCUGGAGAUGGAUGGUUAAAAGGAUUUUUGAAGCGACAUCCAGAGGUUUCUAAAAGGACAAGUGAAUGUGUAACGGCAGCUAGCGCUUGUGUAUCUGAACGAGACAUCAAAAACUGUCUUUAUUAUCACGAAUGUUGUAUUCCUGUUAAGCAUAGACAGCAUAUACCUAACGAUGGUGAUCUAUUUAUAUGUCACAACUGCUUCAAUCUGCAGGAUAGUGAUUCCGAUGCUAAUAACAGUAACCAAGACAGUGAGGAUGAAGAUAUUGACGAACUUUUCACUCAAUACAAAGAAGCACAGAAGCAAUUAUAA